AUGGAGAAGGUUCCGGUGACAGUGAUCAACAUCACGAAGAUGUCAAAUUACCGGAAGGAUGCCCACACGUCGCUAUACUCCAUCCGGCAAGGGAAGCUGCUGACGCCGAAGCAGAAGGCGGACCCAGAGUUCGCGGACUGCAUCCACUGGUGCCUUCCUGGCGUGCCAGACGUGUGGAACCAAAUACUCUACACAAGGAUCCUUUCGAAACCAUCUUGGCAUUCUAAUUUUAGCCCCCCUCCAUCCCAGUCUCUGCCUCUUCCUCCCCAGUGA